AUGCCGACGUACGCCGACCCCAGUCCGAACGGCUGGCUGGGCGGUGUGUCGGAACAGCAGCAGCAGCCCGUCAAGACGCAGAGGCUGCCGCCGAGCCUGUGGGUGCGGUCGGCGCUCAAGGAGAGCUACGUCGAGUACUUCAUCCAGGCGGACCUGUGGUACCGCUCCCAGGGGUCGUGGGACAACGUCGCCGCCACGCUGCCCAUCUACGUGCCCUUCAUCCGACCGGGCCCCCCGCUGGUCGACUACCAGGUCGUGGUCAUGGGCGUCCACAUGUCCGCGUCGUCGCACCGGUUCCUGCCCGGCAUGGGGGACGCCAAGCUGUCGGCCUCGCAGAAGAUGAAGAAGGCCUUCAACAUAUCCUCGGCGCCCACGUGCGGGCUCAAGCUCCAGGUCGGCUUCCCGUCGUACAUCCAGAUCGGGAACCCGGGCGUCGUCCCCUUCCAGGUGCGGCUGGUGCCGCAGUGGGAGCGGACGAGCGAGGAGAUACUCAACAUCCCGCAGCGCGCCAGGCUGACGGGCAUAUCGCUGGAGAUACUGUCGCACUGCCGGAUAACGGAGCAGAGGGGGUCAUCCACGGUCGAUACCGAGUACAAGUUCAACAUGGACCUGUUCGGGGAGAAGUGCGCCCUGCCCCCUCCGCCGGACCUCGAGAUCCCAUGCUCCGGGGCGGUACCCCCCAUCGACAUCGGCCAGUGCUGCGGGCUCACGUCGCCCUCCGACGGCAGCUUCGUCGUGCGCGACGGCAUGCUCACCCCGAGCUUCAACACCUUCAACAUCGCCCUCGCCCACGGCCUUGCCUGGACCCUCAGGUUCGAGAUCGCCGGGGAGGUGCUCGUAGCCGAGGGCCUGCAGGCGCUGACCGUACUGCCACCGUGCGAUCCGACGGAGAAGAACCUCCCCGUCCCACCGCCCAAGAGGCAGAGGCGGUCGUAUUUCGAGACGGCCCCUCCCCAAUACGACGCCGGCGAUAUGCCUCCUGCUUUUUCGGAGAUCGAAGGUGCUGAUAGUAGGGAUGGGAGGGUUUCAGAGGAAGAGACCUCGAGUCAAUUUCCGACCCUGACGACGGAAUGA